CCAGCAAUCAAAACUGAUAAAGUUCAGUUGUGUUGUCUUACCAGGAUUGAUCACUGGAACAACGAGAAGGAGCGUCUCGUCCUCAUCACAGAUUGGUCCCUCCUCAUCUGCAAAUACAACUUCAUCAGCCUGCAGUGCCAGCACGUGACGAGGAUCUCCCUCGGUGCCGUCGACACCAUCUCUGUGGGAGAGUUUGAGUUCCCAGCUAAAUCUCUGAACAAGCGGGAAGGCGUUGGCAUCCGAAUUCAGUGGGACAAGCAAAGUCGCGCCUCCUUCAUCAACAGAUGGAACCCGUGGUCCACGAACAUCCCCUACGUCACCUUCACCGAACAUCCCAUGGCAGAUGCUGAUGAGAAGAUCGCAUCCCUUUGCCUGCUGGAAAACUUUAAAACUCAGCUAAUCCAAGCUGUGAAGAAAGCCCAUAAGGAGCAUCCGCUGCCGGGAAGGGCUAACGGCGUGCUGGUGCUGGAGCGUCCUCUUCUGAUCGAGACCUACCUGGGGUUGAUGUCCUUCAUCAACAACGAGGCCAAACUUGGCUACUCCAUGACAAGAGGCAAAAUUGGAUUUUAAAAUCCACAGCAUUUAAUCUUUUCAAGGG